AUGAGCGAGCCUCUGGCGCAGCAGAUCAUUCUGCUGCAAACUAUCGAGCGAAGUCUCACUAAUUUUAAGAAGAUCGGCAAGAACAAUUACACUGCCGCAAAAAUUCGGCAACGGAUCGGGACCUUGAAGGAGAACUGGACGACCUGUGUGAACAAACACGCCAACCUCGUGCAGAUCGUCCCACUAGAGCAACGAGCUAACAUCAGCUACUUCCGAGACGCCGAGUUCGAGCGUCACCAGGAGAUUUACGAAGGCACGCUGGACUACAUGGCCGACUGCCUCGAGGAGCUGGAACCUGCACCAUCGAUGUCAUCGUCUCCGCUGCAUCCGAUGAGUACAAUAGAUCGUUCAUCUUUCUCGCUCACGCAUUUACCGCCGAUUAAACUCCCGCCCUUUUCCGGGAACCUCGAUGAAUGGGAAUCUUUUCGAGAUCGAUUUACUUCGCUUAUUAUUCAAAACCAAGAUCUCACUCCCUUUUCGCGUAUGCAUUUUUUAGCCUCAAGCCUUACUGGUCGCGCGUUAGAUACCAUUAAAUCUAUUCCGAUUACUGCUACGAAUUUCGAGAUCGCGUGGAAAACACUCGCCUCACGCUUUGAUAAUAAGCGCCGAUUAGUCGAAGUGCACGUAUCCGCCUUAUUCGAUCUUCCGACGGCUACGCGCGAGUCCGCGUGCGAACUCAACAAACUUCGCGACAAAGCGAAUCGGGCUAUCGCCUCGCUGAGAGCUCUUCAGCGGUCGCCCGAGGAGAUGCUCAGUGACAUUCUCGUUCACUGCGUGUCGCAAAAAUUGGAUCAUGCUACUCGGAAGGCAUGGCGAUUGAAAACCGGUGAGGACCCGCAAAUUCCGUUGUUCGAAGCUCUCGAUCGGUUCCUCGAGAUGCGUGUUCGCGCGCUUGAAGAAUUGUCACCGUCGAAAGCGGAAAAAAUGCGUGGGCAAAAGGUGUCAAGCGCGUCAGCGACCGUUUCAAAACUCGCGUGUCCUUUGUGUCAAGCUGCGCAUUUUUUGAGUAAAUGCCCGCAAUUCUUGAAGAAGACGCCGAGUCAGCGAUCUGAACUCAUUAAAUCAGCACAUCGCUGUAUUAAUUGUUUGAGCUCGAAGCACGCCGUGCAAGCGUGCCCGAGCAAAUACUCAUGUCGAAUCUGUCAAAAUAGACAUCACUCGAUGCUACAUUUUGACUCGACCUCUUCUUCUAGCAAUCCAAACUCAACGACCGUGUUAAACGCGACGUCGGAUAAAAAAGAAAACGACUCAGUAACGGCACUAUUUUCUACUUCGACGGUAACCGCGCGCAAAAAUGUACUACUCGCGACCGCCCGUGUUGCUGUUUUUUCGCCGUCGGGUCGUACACUCAACGUGCGAGCGCUCCUUGAUCAAGGCUCAGAAAUCACCUUUAUCACAGAGCGUCUCGCUCAAAAUUUAAAAUUGCAACGCGUUCGAUUGCCUCUUUCGAUUUCCGCCGUCGGCGGCGUAGAUGCGGGCACUUGUCGUUUCGCCGCUCAAGUCAAGAUCGCUCCGAUCAAUUCUAACUCACCGGUGUUAACGACGACCGCGUCGAUACUCAAAGUUUUAACUAAAUACUCGCCAUCUAAGGCAUUCUCUCUGUGCGAUUGGAGCUAUCUUCAGGAUCUUGCGCUCGCGGAUCCGACUCCCGUCAGUGCCGAAUCUAUCGACCUCAUCAUCGGUGCGGACCUUUAUCCCGAAUUAUUGCUCGACGGUAUUCGGAAAGGAACGAGCGGACAACCGAUCGCCCAGCGGACGAUCUUCGGCUGGGUCCUCUCAGGCCCCACGUCGGAUGCCGGUGCGCCGCAUCGAUCGGUUACCGUGCAGCAUUGCGCGAGCGCGGAUACUCUCGAUCGAGAACUCAGAUGUUUCUGGGAAGUCAAAGAAGUGCCGCGUCGCGCGCUUCUCAGCCCAGAAGAACAACAGUGCGAACAGCACUUCGCACAAACACAUUCGCGCGAUGCUGACGGUCGGUACGUCGUGCGUCUGCCGUUCAGGCGCGGUCCACCAAUCGACAUUGGUGAAUCGCGUUUUAUCGCCGAGCGUUCACUCUCCAGUCUUCACCGACGAUUUCGGUCGAACGCUGUUCUAAAAUCCGAAUACGUCGAUUUCUUGCGCGAAUACGAAGCGCUCGGUCAUAUGCGUCAAAUUCCGGAUUCAGUUCUUUCCGCUCAGCACGUAUAUAUUCCGCAUCAUCCUGUCAUCCGAGACAGCAGUCUCACUACGCGAUUGAGAGUCGUUUUUCGCGUCAAGUCGAACGACAAACUCGACUUCGUUAAACGAUCAUUUGCAUGCAGGUCCGAAACUCCAGACGGCGUUACCUGCAGUGAUCUUGCGAUGGCGGCAAUUCCGCGAAUCUUAUGGAGCGCCGGCUGCUCAGAUACCGGGCAGUCCUAUCAACUGACCACGGUUACUUACGGGACAGCGUGCGCGCCCUUUCUCGCUCUUCGGGUUAUACAACAGCUCGUGACGGACGAAGGCAGCUCGUUUCCUCUUGCCGCGCCGGUCCUGCAUGAGAACAUCUACGUCGAUGAUGUUCUGUUCGGUGCCGAUGAUAUUCCGCUUCUCAAACAAACUCGCGAUCAGGUCUGCGCUUUGCUCGGUCGGGGACGGUUCGAAUUGAGAAAAUGGUCGAGCAAUUCCGCUGCUCUGCUGAACGAUAUCGAGGUCGACAACCACGGCCUCGCGUGCGAUCGCACUCUUCGAAUCGACGAACAUCUAAGAAUCUUAGGCAUAAGCUGGAGCCCAUCUUCCGAUAUGUUUCAAUUUACCGUAACUCAUAUUCCGUCCGUUUCAAAAACCAAGCGGUCAAUACUCUCGUACGUUGCCAAAUUGUUUGAUCCAAUGGGGUGGUGCACGCCAGUAACAAUCGCUGCCAAGAUCUUUAUGCAACAAUUGUGGCAGCUUAAACUCAACUGGGACGAUGUCCUUCCGACUGACGUCCGGCAAAAGUGGGAAGCCCUUCAGGCCUCACUUGCCGAUCUCCACGGUCUCCAACUGAAUCGAUGGAUUCAGCGAGGGUCUGACACUGUCCGCUGCGAAUUGCACGGAUUUUCUGACGCGUCCACUCACGCAUACGCAGCGGCCGUGUAUCUUCGGCUCACUUCUCUCUCUGGCGAAAUCUCUUCUCACUUGCUAAUAGGCAAGUCAAAGGUCGCUCCGAUCAAGUCCCUCAGUAUUCCUCGGCUGGAAUUAUGCGCAGCCGGAUUGUUGGCUCGGCUACUCGAAUUCGUGCGAACCACUCUUGGUCUCGCCACCUCCCCGUGCUAUUGCUGGACAGACUCAACUGUCGUUUUAGCGUGGGUCACGCAACAACCGGCCAAAUGGAAGACGUUCGUCGCGAAUCGCGUAUCAGAGAUACAAUCGCGCGUUCCGAACGCGGUGUGGAACCACGUUCCCACCGAUGAAAAUCCCGCAGAUUGCGCAUCUCGCGGAAUCGCCGGGUCUCUCCUUCGAACUCACCCACUCUGGUGGUGCGGCCCCGCAUGGUUGCGUUACCCGAUCGACGAGCCGUCGACUUCUCGAUCGCACAAUUUCGAUACUCAAAUCGAACAAAAGGAGAGUAUUCAGUCUCAUUUAGCUUCGACGGAACUUGACUGCGACUUUACGAUGAGAUUUUCGUCGUGGCCUCGGUUAAUUCGCGUAACAGCGUAUAUAAUGCGCUUCAUCAAUAAAACUCGGAAGCAGUCGAUUCCCGUUGACGACGUUAGGGAGAACACACUAGCGUUAUCAGCCCGCGAAUGUCAACUCGCGAAAGAGUUUGUUCUGAGACGGAUUCAGAAAGAGCUCUUCCCUCUCGAGUUCGCUGCGCUCACAAGUCAACGAGCCAUAUCCUCGAAAAGCUCGAUUCUGUCGCUCAACCCUUUCCUCGGCGAGGAUGGAUUAAUCCGUGUUGGCGGGCGGCUUUCGCACGCGCCGCUUUCCUUUUCCGUUAAACACCCGAUUAUUCUCGCCUCGCAUCCGCUAGUCGCUUUGGUUCUGUAUCACGUGCAUUUAAAAUCUCUACACGCAGGUCUACAAUUAACGCUCGCUACGCUACGACGCGAGUAUUGGGUACUGCGCGCCCGAAGUCUCGCCAAACUCACUAUUUUUCGCUGCGUUAUUUGUACUCGAGAAAGGGCCACGAUUCCCUUCCAACAGAUGGGUGAUCUGCCUCGCGUGCGGGUGACUUCUCCCGCACGCGCUUUUCUCAAUUGCGGACUGGAUUACGCUGGUCCGGUGCUCGUACGAUCCUUGUCUGGUCGCGGAAUCCCGUCACGAAAAGCGUAUAUCGCGAUUUUUAUUUGCAUGGCGACUCGCGCCAUUCAUUUGGAGCUCGUGGAGGGCUACUCAACCUCAGCGUUUAUCGGCGCGUUUUCUCGAUUUUGUGCUCGACGCGGCCUGCCCUCGGCCAUGUAUUCAGAUAAUGGCACGAAUUUUGUGGGCGCCGAACGCGAGCUUACCGCCGCGUUUCGCGCAGCUAUCAGGGACCCGGACUUUCUCAAUCGAACCGCUUCCGAUCGAAUCACGUGGCACUUUAUGCCACCCUCCGCUCCUCAUUUCGGCGGAUUAUGGGAGGCGGGAGUACGGAGUGUAAAGCACCAUCUCCGUCGAGUGAUUGGGGCUCAUACUCUCACAUUUGAGGAAUUCUCAACAGUCUUAUGCAAUGUGGAGGCGUGUCUCAAUUCCCGACCGCUCGCUCCUCUCAACGACUCGGUCGACGAUUAUGAACCGUUAACUCCCGGGCAUUUUUUGAUCGGCUCGGCCCUGACCGCAGUUCCCGAACCUUCCGUUUUGAAUCUUCGCGAAAAUAGACUGUCGCGCUGGCAACUCGUGCGCCAGAUCUCAGAAAGAUUCUGGAAGUUAUGGCUUGACGACUAUGUAAAUACGUUACAACAGCGCGUCAAGUGGAAACGACCUGCCAAAACCGAGAUCCGCGUCGGUCAACUCGUCUUAUUGCGUAGCCCUCUACUCCCCCCUUGCAAAUGGGAGCUCGCUCGCGUACUACGAUGUCACACGGGUCAAGACGGAUUAACUCGCGUUGUUACGGUAAAGACUGCGGCGUCCGAGUAUAAGCGACCGAUUAAUAAACUAUGCCUGCUUCCAAUCAAUAUCGAGAAGCUGGAGCCUCCGACGUAA